CUGUCGGGGACGAUCCCUCCGCAGCUGGGCGACAUAUCGCAGCUGCAGGAGCUUGAUCUGGGCAGCAACUCCAUCUCGGGCACCAUCCCUCCGCAGACGAGCAAGCUCUCGCAGCUGAAGAAUCUUAGACUGAACGACAAUGACAUCUCCGGCACCGUGCCGUCGCAGCUCAAGAACCUGCCG